AUGCUCGAAGCGGGCGGAAUCAAUCGAGUGGAGUACGUGCACUCGAAGAGCUUCCUGCAUCGCGACAUCAAGCCGGACAAUUUCCUCAUGGGGCUGGGCAGGCGCGCCAACCAGGUGUACAUCAUUGACUUCGGGCUCGCUAAGAAGUACCGCGACCCCACCACGCACCAGCACAUCCCCUACAGAGAGAACAAGAACCUGACGGGCACGGCUCGUUACGCCAGCAUCAACACACACCUUGGCAUCGAGCAAAGCCGGAGGGACGACCUGGAGUCCUUGGGCUACGUGCUCAUGUACUUUCUGCGAGGAAGCUUGCCAUGGCAGGGUCUAAAGGCGGGUACCAAGAAGCAGAAGUACGAGAAGAUUAGCGAGAAGAAAAUGUCUACUCCCAUUGAGGUGCUCUGCAAGGGCUAUCCCACGGAGCUCGCGUCCUACUUCCACUACUGCCGCUCGCUGCGCUUCGACGACAAGCCCGACUAUGCGUACCUCAAACGCCUCUUCCGUGACCUCUUCAUUCGCGAAGGCUUCCAGUUCGACUACGUGUUUGACUGGACCAUUCUCAAGUACCAGCAGUCGCAGGCCUCUGUCGCCCCGACCCGCAUGAUGGGUGCAAAUGCGGCAGCAGCAGCGCCAUCACCCGCUGCCAAUGCACCAGACGCGGACUUGGCUCGUCGCAGGUCCCCCAUGGAGAGCCCGCGGCACCGAAGCCCCAUGCCGCAUGCUGAAGAGGAGGCGGAGGCGGAGCGCCAUGCAUACGGGCGGACGGGCAGCGGGUCAGGGGCGCGCAGAGCACCUGCUGCUGGCGGGAUGGCGCCCGCGCAGGCUGCAGCGGGGGCAGGGGGCGUGCGGGGGAGCACACCGGACGCGCUGGAUAGCAAGCGAGGGCUCGGACUCACUAAUGCGCUGUCAGGGAUUCGCUCAGGGUCACGCGUUCGCACUG